CAAAUGAAUACAUCCAACAGAGAAACUACCACUGUGACUCACUUUAUCCUCCUGGGAUUUUCCUCCAGUCCAGAAAUGCAGCUCCUCUACUUUGGGCUCUUCUCAACAACAUACACCCUGACCCUGACAGGCAAUGCACUCAUUGCCUGUGCUGUGCUGUUGGACAGGCGCCUUCACAUCCCCAUGUACAUCCUCCUGGGAAAUUUCUCUCUCCUGGAAAUGUGUUAUGUCACCACAACCAUUCCAAACAUGUUGGCCAACCUCCUAUCCACAAGCAAGUCCAUCUCCUUCCUAAGUUGUUUUGCACAGUUCUACUUCUUCUUCUCUUUUGGAUAUGAUGAGGGCUUCUUCCUUUGUGCCAUGGCCUUUGACAGGUACUUGGCCAUCUGCCAUCCUCUGCAUUACCCACACAUUAUGACUAAGCAGCUCUAUACUAGUCUUGUCAUUUUGGGAUGGUUAUUUGGAUUUACCCUCUACCUAGCUCCAGUUGUCCUCAUUUCAAGGUUGCCGUAUUGUGGCCCGAAUAUCAUCAAUCAUUUUAUGUGUGAUCCUGUCCCUUUGAUGAUGCUGUCCUGCUCUGAAGACACCAUCACUCAGUUUCUAUAUUCUACUCUGAACGUUAUUUUCAUGAUUGGUACCUUGAUUUUUAUCCUUUGUUCCUAUGCUCUGGUGAUCCGAGCUGUGCUGAAGAUGCCCUCCACAGCAAGUAAACAUAAAGCUUUCUCCACUUGUGCUUCUCAUUUGGCAGUUGUGACACUGUUUUAUAGUCCUAUUAUCAUGAUGUAUGUUAGUCCUGGGUCAGGACACCCAGAGAAAAUGCAAAAAAUCAUUACUCUGUUUUAUUCUGUGAUAACACCUCUCUGCAAUCCACUAAUAUAUAGCCUUAGAAACAAGGAGAUGAAGGCAGCUCUGAGGAAAAUCUUCAGGACUGAGCAAGGUAUUCAAAAAAUAUAA